AUUUUGAGGCGGGUUUUGCUUUUCCUACCUCGUGUUUUGUGUUUGAUUGUGUUUAUAUAACUUAAAUUAAGUGAUAACAUUAAAGUGUAUUGUUAUUUUCUGUGCUUCUUCGCAAUAUUUUUGAAAUGUGUUAAAUCCGGUGUCCACAAACGGUGUGUUAACAAUGGGCGAAGUAGAAGAAUUCAAUACCUUGGCAUUUGAAAAGAAGUUGAUGCAGCUGCAAGGCACUCAGGAGAGUAUCCAGUCGUUGUCUACUUGGUGUUUGAAGCAGAGGGAACACCACAAGAAAAUUGUAUCCAGUUGGUUGAAUGUGUUAAAACGAGUCAAGGUGGAACAACGAUUGGUACUAUUUUACUUGGCGAAUGAUGUUAUUCAGUACAGUAAGAGGAAAAAUUACGAGUUUGUUGAGAGCUGGGGUCUUAAUUUACAGAAAGCUACACCUCUGGUGAGAGAUGAAAAGGUCAGGCCAAAGAUACUUCGUAUUUUCAAAAUUUGGGAGCAGAGAGGAGUGUAUGAUGACGAGUUUCUAUCAGAUCUCACGGGGCUGCUAAGUGCUGGAGCUGUUAAGAAGACUGAUGAUGAUCCUUUGGACUUUCAACCACAGCAACUAGUAAACAAAAUUAAGCAAUGUGCAGUGUUGGAGGCAGAUACGGAUUUGAGGCUCAAGUACAUCCACGAAAGCCAUUUGCAGCUUUCAGAUGCUGAUGCUUUAUGUGCAAGUUUGAAAGAUAGGAGUAACAAAGAUGAUGUUGAAAAAGAACUAAACGAAGGUAUACAAUGUGUAGAACGGUAUACGCAAGCAUUGCAAAGGGAGAUUGUAGCAAGGGAAACUUUGCUUGCUUUGUUGACUACGGCUAAUCAGUAUUACUCGACGCAAAGGGGCGAGGUCAAAGUUGUCGCUUAUGCAUACAAAAACUUUGGCGCCCGCGUUCGCGCUUUAAAGCGUAAACUAGACGAGCUAAUACCAACUCUGCCAAACGCCGCACCAUCCCCUCCUCAAAGGGACGAGGAUGUACCCUCACCAGGGCCUGAUGAGGACCUGGAUUUGCCGGCAGCUGUUGGUAACAACGAUGGUGAUGAUGACAUAUCAUACAACAUCGACCAGACAUUCAACAGCUCAAUGUCAGCAGACGGAUCUUUGUACAACAUGGGAUUGUCCUCGUUCCUUUCAUCGGACAACCCUAUGGCAUUGUUCAACGAGUCUACUGAUAACAUUAAUAGUGCCAACAAAAUAGAAGUUAUUAACAACAGGCCUAGCGAGAAACAAGAUUUUGAUAUAAACAAUUUCUUAAAAACGCUCGUACCAAACGACUCUGGCUCCGCACAGGACAACACUUCAGACUUGCUCGGUUUGACAGUUGAGCCCGAUAGAGGAUUGCAGCGUGAUGAUUCGUCAGUGACGAGUACAUCAAUGUCGCAAAAAUCUCAAGAUACUUUACCGGGACUGGAUUUACUGACGCCUGAUAGUAUCGGGAUACCGCCACCGCCGACAUCUUUCUACGGCUCUAUGGAUAAUAUGAAUGAUGAAGGUGAGCCUUAUCAUCCUGAAGCUAGUGUUCCAUGGAAUAACAAUUGGAGUAUACCGCCAGCGCCAGUACCCCCUCCGCCCGUGCCAGCGUUGGCGCCCUCUUGCGGCGUGUUCCUGGACACGCCCGAGUCCCCCCCGCCCGCGCCGCUGCCGCCCAAGCCCAUCCCGCCCGCGCCUAUCCCGCCCACCUACACGCCGAGCGCUGAUUUCAUGACGCCACUGGAUGCGCCUCCAAGUGAUGUUGAUCACAGAGGUAUUCUGCCACCCCCGCCACCGCCACCAGUGUUGCCUUUAUUAGGAAAUAUCGAAGACGUGGACCACAGACUGUUACCAACAUUACCGCCGCCACUUCCGCCGGCCACCGUGCCAACUAAUAGGCACCCAAUCGGGCAGCAAGAUGUAGACCACAGAAACCUCAUUUCGCUAACGCACCAGCCACCCAGACCCUCACUAGUACUCCACGACCCCCACGUUCCCCCCAUGCCGACUAGCAUGGAUCAAGUAAGUGUGUCUGACUACAGAGUACCUCCACUGGUGCCUCCAACAGAUAUCGUCGAAAGUGUUGAUAUGGACUUGUCGGAAGAUGAAGAUCAACAAGGAGUGUACCCAAACCAGCAAUCAAAUCAAAACGAGCGACGUCACAGUUUCAACAACAACAACAAAGUAUUAGUUGGAGGCAACAACGGCAAAACCAAUCACAAAGACCUCAACACAAAUCUCAUACAAAUCAACUCCCGAGACUUUGAAAAGAAAGAACCACAUUCAGCACCAGUGCUACCACCUCUCUCGAAUCCAUUCGAAAAUAUGCCACCGGCGUUAAAGAAAUUCAAUAUGCCGUUCCAGAAAUUUCCCGCUUUCCAUAGAGAUUUCGAAGAAAAAGAAGAGAAUUCAAACGACAGUGCCUGCGAUGAAGAACUACGAAGCAGAGGUAUGGAGCAUCCGGCAAUGAGGCAGGCAUCCCCAGAAUUCGAGUUCAGCAAUAGUGAGUGGCAACAGAGACCUUUUAAUAACCAGAGAUUCCCCAGAAACUGGGGGCCGCGGACUAAUGGCGGUGGAUUCAGGCCCCAGUUCGGCCCUGGGCCGCCGCACAUGUGGCCCAGGAACGGGCCCAGGCCUCCAAACAGAUGGAUGGGCCCGCGUCCCCAAAGGUUUUGGUGAUCUGUGAUUGUACAGUGUAGUGUUACUGUGAAUUAUAAUGCAAUAAGACUAAAAGCAGCUAAGGUUUUUGUAAGUUUCACUAAUUCUAACGGCAUUUAUGUCACAUUAGGAUAUUGUUGACUUGCGAGGUUAAAUUUUAUUAGUAACUGAUUAUAAGGUACAACAAUGAAGGUCCAGAAAAGAGCUUAAAACAGAGAAAUUUGUACGAAAGUAUACCGAUAAAAGCAACAUCCGUAGUAAAGUAAAAUUUGUUGUCUGACAUGAUAUUGUCUUUUGAGAGUGGUACAUUUGAGUAGUAAAAAUGCGUUGAAUCGGGAUUCAAGGGUGGAUAUAGAGAUAGGGCGCCUUAAAUCUUGUGUUUAAUAAAUUUCCUAAAAAAGAAUGGUCACAGCACGAUUAGAAUUGUGAGAAGAAUUCACGAUACUGCCUCUUACUUAUUCUUAAAGGAAAUCAAUACUUAAUGUGACGUUAAGCAAGAAAUUUUAAAAUUAGACUGAAUUUACCGUUAGAGCGAAACUUCUCUAGCUGCAUCAUGUAUAGUGUACAUAGUUAAAACUAGUAUGAAUCCAUUUGUGACUUUUAGGGGUGGAAAAUUGAAAUCGGCCUUAACAAUUGAGCAACUAACGUUUACAUGCGGCUUUCCUAUUGCACUAAAACUGCAAUCGAGUACGCAGAAACAUGAUACUGCCCUCUUCUAGUUAUUUUCUUAAAACACCAUUUACAUGCUAAUUUCAGAGUGUAAUAUCAUUGUAAUAUUAAUUUACUGCACUUGAUCCAAAUGUGAAGAUUUGAGUAAUAUUCACAUUACACUAUCCUAAAAUAUGAAGUAUUAACUUUCAUAGCACACCGAAAUCAGACAUUUUUAGUGUGUAAUAUCAAUUCACUGCCUUGAUGAAAAUAUGAAGAUGUGAGUAGUGUUAUUCUUACACUAUGGUAAAACAUGAAGAAUAAUUCUCUUAACACACCAACAUCAGAACAAUUAAAAUGGUUUUUAUUGCGUCGCUUCGUAAAUAUCGUCAUAGAGGUCGAAUUUUAAGUAGAAAUAAAUUUAGUAGCAGUAGAACUCUUUGUGAAAGAGUUCGUCUAAGGAAGUACUCCAUACCUAUCUGCUGCCAAGUAGUAAUGUGAGCAUCACUGCGCUCCGGUUUAGAAGGGUUGUCACUUGUUCCACGUAGAACUGAGUACAUGGAACCACUGGAAGCAAACAUAUGUUUUAGGGUGACGGGCGCAGUGGCGGUGGUCUUUGAGAUUUAAAGCUCUGAAUGCAACUGUUAUGGAUAGGCGUGUCGCUUACCACCAGGCGCGCGAUUGUUCGUUCCAUCACUUGAUAUUAUAACAAAUCAAAAUAGAACGUUGUUUGUUAAAUGAUUUCAAUUUCCCACCCAUUUUUCGUUUUCAUUAAAAUAUGUAUGUAUAUUAUUAUUUUAUUUGAGAGAGUUUUUGGAUCACCUUGAGUGGUUACUUUUUAUGUACAAUAUCCCAUGUUAUACAGAUGCUGUUUUGUCUUAUAUUUGUUAAUUUCUAGUCUAUAGAUAACAUGACUUGACUAUUUUGUGACUAUGAUAAUCGAUAGUGUGCGGCUAAGAACUGGAACACCAUUUGCAUUAUGCUAAUUUCAGUGUCCUGAGCGCUUUAUUCUCCACACAUCAGAGUAGUGUACUAAUGAUGUCUUUACUUUUUAAGUAUGAAGAUCCAAUUGGCGCAAAAAACAAAUAUAAUGUAUUGCAAGAUUAAAAAUAAUUAUUGGCACAAUUACUAUAGGCAGUGAAGUUCAGAACUCAAACCUUGUUUACGUUAUGCUAAUUUGGAUGUCUUGAUAGGUUGUUCUCUACUUAUAACGUAACAUACUUAUUGUUUUUAAUUUAUACGAUUAAGUAUACCAUUUAGUAUACUCAAAUUGGUAAUUGGUUUUUAAGGCGAUAGUUAUGCAAUAGUAAAGCAAGACUGGACUAACUGUUGGCUAAAUUGUGAUACCUUGUGAACCUUUGGCCUUAUACACAAUAUAAUUUGUAAAAUGUAAGUCUUUUGGUUAGGAGUUAUCUAUGUAAUUUAGCUAACAAAUCUGUAAUAUAGGUUACGUUUCUCGAAUUCUGUAUAAUAGAAUUAGAAUUUAAUUAUUACGUACAAUAUGUCACGAAAAAGGAUUUCACAGUCUUAAUUUAAUUUUAUGAGCAACAAAGCUAAGGUCCGUUUACAUUAUGCUAAAUUUAGUUUGCUAAAUGGCUUUGCACCUAAUUGUAUAAUGACAACUGAACAUUUAGCCUACUAUAUUAAAGUGUUAGCAUUCUUUAAAUGGUUUGAGAGUUGGCAACAUGAAUAGUACGUCAUAAAAAGUUUAGUUAUGAUUGUACGUGUUUCUGGACACUCGGGUAUUAUCAAACGUGAACGGUUGUUGUUUUCUUCUGCGGUAUAAAAGGUGUGUAGGUUUACCACCACACCAGCAAACACAAAAAAAAAACAACCUUUAUACCAUUAUUUUACUUUACAUUCCAUUUCAUCUUUUGUUGGCAUAAUAAAAUAAAUAAAAUUUUAAAUCAAAGAGAGUAUUUACACAAAAAUUAAUUGUUUGAUAAUAAGUACAGCAUGUUAUUAUUUAUUAUUGAUAAUCGAACAAACAUAAAGAAGAAUUUCUUCGAUCCUACUCCGAAUUUUUCUUUAUGUUUAUUAACAAACUAGUGGGUAAUUUUCACAAGUGAUGAAUAUCAUUUUAGUUAAAAUAUCAUGAUGUUCAAUAUAAAUGAAAUAAAAUAAAUACAGUUGUCGACAAGACUGUAUCGCAGCUAUUAACGCCCUCAUGUGAUAUACUUAUGUAUGAUAUAGAGAAUAUGUGUGCCAAGGAACAAUAAAAGCAAACUUUAAUGGUAUUAAAUGACGUGUUGCCUACUCUUACCAAAACGCAUAAUCAUAUAGUUUAACUUUGAUCGCAAUAAGCAUAAUUUCUUGUGGAUUUUUAAGCUCCGACCGUGGAGAGCUCGGCUUAUGUUAGUCACUUUAUAGUAUUUACAAAAUGGUCAAGUCUUCAAAGGCAUAUUUUGUACUUCGUAUGAAUUACGCCAAUUAGUUAAAAAUAAUGGAUUAAAAAUAGAAACUCGCUUUUAUCGUAGUGCGGAUAGGGAGAGCGGUAGACAUAGCACCUAACAUAAAAACGUUUGCUUUGCUUCACUCUUAAUAAAGCUUAAUAAUAAGGUUGUAUGUUAUUUUGUCUCACAUUUUUAUUAGGAUUAAAUAAAAAAAUACCCCG